AUGUCGCGCUCCGACACACGCCUAAGGGCCGCUCAAGCUCAGUUAGUGGGGGAAGCACAAAAGCGUGGCACGGGAAGCAAGGUGAUGUACAGGAAGCUCGAUGUCACAGAUGCCGCGCAGGUUUUGGAAACCCUUGCAGCAGCCGUACAGGAUCUGGGCCCUGUGGACUUGCUGAUAUGCAACGCAGGAGCAGCCCACCUAGGAUAUUUCCACGAAAACGACUUGGAGACAUUCCGUCAGCAAAUGGAACUCAACUUCUUCGGCGUCCUGAACGUCGUACACGCGGUGUACGGCGACAUGGUCCGCCGGAACCAGGGACAUAUCUGCCUCGUGGGCUCUGCUCUCAGCACCUUUGGCCUGGUGGGCUACAGUGCCUACUGUCCCUCCAAGUAUGCGGUGAAGGGGCUGGCGGACUGUCUGCGCAAUGAGCUUCAGGGAACGCAUGUGAAAAUUUCUUUCGCUCAACCACCUGACACCGACACUCCAGGCCUUGCGGAGGAGAAUAAACACAAGCCGCCCGAGACAAAGGAAAUCUCUGAGUCGGGCUCCACCGUGUACAAGCCGGAGGAGGUCGCUGCGGUCCUUAUGGGCGGCAUCCUCCGCGGGGCGUACUUGCUGCCCACCCCCGACCUCGGGCUCCAGUUCAAUGCAAUCGCCACCAAGGGUCUGCUGCCGAGGUCCUUCCCAGGAGUCCUGGUGGACAUGCUGUUCAGCUGCAUCGCACCGCUGGCACAUUGGUUCUUCGUGGGCAUGUUUGACCGUGUGGCGCGGCGAACCGCGGGUCGGCGAUUUUCCAAGUUGUGGGGAAUAGGGCUUGAGCGGCAAGCGCAAGAGGGGCAGGGAUGA